ACACAAAAUACAAUAUGGCGUCGGCACAGCACAAAAUCGUCGUCGUCUCGGUUGGAACAGCGUCCGUUCCGCGAAAAAAUUUAAACUAAGAGUUGAAUCGCAAAUAUAUGAUAAAUAAGGUGUUGGAAACAGUAAAUAUGCGCAAACGCAAAUUGUAUAUACUUUGAAUGAUUGUAAAAAGGCGCUGCCAGUAGCAUAAACAAGGAAUUGCAACUUUUGCCGUGCGCAGACCACAGAUCACAGCAUAACAACAUAACAUGGAUAUGCAAGUCAAGAUUAGAGAUUAGUUGAAUGCUUUGAAUUUAAAAUUCAAGAUCCUAAUUUAAUUGUAAUUAGUCUAGUUGACUAGCCCAAGCGCGGCUACAAGCCACCAACGAUUAAAGGCUCAGCUGAUAGAAGUUAUUAACAUACAUUUUGUGAAACACCAUUACAAGAAAAACAAAAAAGAAGGAGAGGACACAGAUAAACCUAAAGCCAUACCAUGACGACUGACACCCGCCGACGUGUUAAGCUCUAUGCACUGAAUGCAGAACGGCAAUGGGAUGAUCGUGGCACUGGCCACGUCUCCUCCACAUAUGUGGAGCGUCUCAAAGGUACGUCGCUGCUUGUGCGUGCUGAAUCAGAUGGUUCCUUAUUGUUGGAGAGUAAGAUACAGCCGGAUACGGCCUACCAGAAGCAACAGGAUACGCUCAUUGUCUGGUCAGAGGGCGAUAACUUUGAUCUGGCGCUGAGCUUUCAGGAGAAAGCCGGUUGUGAUGAGAUAUGGGAGAAGAUAUGUCAGGUGCAGGGCAAAGAUCCAUCGGUCGAGAUAACGCAGGAUAUCGUUGAGGAGUCAGAGGAUGAGCGCUUUGAGGACAUGUCAGACACAGCACCGCCAAUCGAGCUACCGCCGUGUGAACUCUCACGACUCGAGGACAUAUCUGAGACAAUACAAAGUUGCCUUUCCACGCCGUUGCGUAAGGAGAAAUUGUCCGUGGCCCUAGAAUCGGAGAACUACAUUAAGAAGCUUUUGAAUCUGUUUCGCGUUUGCGAGGAUCUCGACAAUACGGAAGGGUUGCAUCAUCUUUUUGAAAUAUUUAAGAACAUUUUCUUGCUAAACAAAAAUGCUCUUUUCGAGAUAAUGUUUGCGGAAGAUACUAUUUUUGAUGUGGUUGGCUGCCUGGAAUACGAUCCGACGGUUGCACAGCCCAAAAAGCAUCGACAGUAUCUCAAGCAAUUGGCAAAAUUUCGAGAAGCUGUGCCGAUCAAGAAUAUGGAUCUAUUAGCCAAAAUUCAUCAAACGUUUCGGGUGCAGUAUAUUCAGGAUAUUAUAUUGCCCACACCGUCAGUCUUUGUUGAGGAUAAUAUGCUAAAUACCUUAUCCAGUUUUAUAUUCUUCAACAAAGUUGAGAUUGUUACGCUCAUACAGGAAGAUGAACGUUUUCUGCUCGAUCUAUUUACACUGCUCACGGAUCCAGCAACUAACGAUACAAAACGACGGGAUAUCGUUCUGUUUCUGAAAGAGUUCUGCAAUUUUGCCCAAAAUUUGCAACCCCAGGGCAAGGAUUCAUUCUACAAAACACUUACCUGCCUGGGAGUAUUGCAAGCUCUUGAGCUGACGUUGGUUAUGAACGAUACUAAGACUAAGUCGGCUUCUAUCGAUAUACUUACGGCCAUUGUGGAGUUUUCGCCGUUGGUGGUGCGCAAUUACACUCUAAAUCAGGCGAAUCGACCGGAGAGUGAGAGAAUGUUGCUGAACAUUUCCAUUGAACAGAUGCUGAAUGAUUCGGAACCAGAGCUGGGCAUAGCGGUGCAGUUGAUGGGUAUUAUUAAGAUCCUGCUUGAACCGGAAAAUAUGUUGACUGAGAAGGGGGAUUUUCUGAACUUCUUCUACAAGUACAGUGUCCAAACGCUAGUUGCGCCACUAAUGCUCAAUACAAUGGGCGAUCGUCCACAGAAUGAGGAUUAUCAGACUGCACAGCUGUUGGGCAUAGUGCUGGACAUUUUGUCAUUUUGCGUGGAACAUCAUAGCUAUCAUAUUAAGAAUUUUUUGUUGCAAAAAGAUCUCCUGAAACGAAUUCUAGUGCUAAUGAAGAGCACGCAUACGUUCCUUGUACUUGGGGCCCUGCGGCUGCUACGCAAGAUAAUUGCACUCAAAGAUGAGUUCUACAACAGACACAUUGUCAAGUGCAAUUUAUUUGCUCCUGUGGUGGAUGCUUUUAUUCGUAACAAUGGUCGCUAUAAUCUGCUCGAGUCGGCCAUACUGGAAUUAUUCGAGUUUAUAAAACUCGAAGAUAUACGCACGCUGUGCGUAUACUUCGUGGAAAACUUUAGCAAGAUAUUUGAUGAAAUCGAAUAUGUGCAAACAUUUAAAUACCUAAAGAAUCGUUAUGAUCAGUACCAGGAUCGGCUCAAGGAUCGCGACAAGUUGGAAAAUCGUACAGAUGGAAGCUUGGCUAUGAUACGCAGCGGUAGUCGUUUUCGUCGCGAUCAGCGUCAAAUGGAGGAGGAGGAGGAGCUGUGGUUCAAUGAUGAUGAUGAUUUUUCCGAGGAAAUUGACACCUAUAAUAAUGUGAUGAAAUCUGUCAGCGAAAAAAAUGGCCCCCAGCAAACGCAAAAUCAGUCGCAACAGCAAAAAUCAUCACCGCCGCACAGCACGUCGCCACAUAGCGUCGGUCUAUUGGGCAAUCUUAAUUCCACAGCGACUGCAACUGCCACCUCAGUAUCAGUGCCGACGGCAAGUGGAGGCAGUAGCCCCGAGGCGACGAGCGCCGCCGACGAGCAGGCCCAAGCCGCAGUUCAGUUAGCCGCCGCUGCCAAUAUUGCACUGCAGCAGCAGCAACAGCAACAACAACAACAGCAGCAACAGCAGCAGCAGCAGCAUUCAUUCCAGCAACAGUCAACGUUGUCCUUGAAUAGCACACUUGUGGCAGCAGCCGCUGCAGCUGCCGUGGCCUCCACAUCGAACGCAGCCGCUGCGGCGCAACUUGAAAGCCAACAGCAGCAGCCCCAGCAGACUCAAUCUGAGAUUGCGGAGCUACAGCAACAGUUGAACGCUGUGGUACCACAGAACUCGGAGCUGGCGCAGUCAGUUGCAUCAAGUGGUUCCCCGUCAUCGUUGUCUACGGCUUUAUCAGCGUCAUCCACGUCACCAAUGGAAACGUCCACAUCGUCAACAUCGCCAACAUCUUCGCCAGGUACUGCGCUGUGCGAUUCGGCGACAGUGGUAGCUGUGGCAGCGUCUCAAUUUUUAUCAACGAUUGCAACAGCCAUGGCUGCUUCGGUAACGGCAGCAGUCAGCACGCCCAAUCUAGCGACAGCUGUGGUCACCGAGGACAGCAGCGAGUCGCAGAUCCAGUCACCCCCCACAGAUGCCAGCGAAGCACUUAAGUUGGAUGAGGACAAAACGGCGCUUAGCGCGGAAUCGCCAACGGGCAUUGACGCCGAUAAGGCGACCAAAAAGGGUCUGGUGGACUAUGAAAGCGAUUCUGGUGAGGAUGAUUAUGAGGAAGAAGAGGACACGGAUGGGCCCCAAGCACAAAAGCGCGCGCGUAUUGCAUAGUUAGGGGACAUCAGGCGGCAUCAAUUAUAAAAUAGUACACACACUCACACCUACUUCUCAUAUAUACACACACACACACGUAUACUCACUCAUCAACGAAUGGAAGGGUUGAAAAGUGGGCUAAACAAUAACACAACAAAAGAGCUGCAGCAAAUUGUAAGCCAAACUGAGAGAGCGGUACGAUGUAAGAUCGAACAAGAACAAGGAACAAUUAUGAUACCCGUCAGAGUUCGGGGCGCUUUGACAUGAUGGGGGAGUUUUGCUUGUAUGCAAUCAUGUAAGAAGAACAAGCGAAAGUUAAAUUUUAGCAUAAAACAUUUAUUUUAAAGAUAAAACUAAAAAGUAAAA